AUGGAGGACGAGGUGGAGAAGAAGAAGAAGAAGAAGAAGAAGAAGAAGAAGAGGAAGAAGAAGAAGAAGAAGAAGAAGAAGAAGAAGAAGAAGAAGAAGAAGAAGAAGUAUAAGAAGAAGAAUAAGAAGAAGAAGAAUUAAGAGGAGGGGGAAGUGUGAUGGAGACCGCCCCACCAGCCUCGUCGAAUUAAGCUUGCUGAUUGUAAUUAGCGUCUGUCCACAGGGUGUCCGCCAAUAGCCAAUUAUCAAGUUGGCAAGAAUGCGGACUGAAGCCGAAGGCGCAAAAACACGACAGUGCUCACUUCCGAUCACAAUGAACAGCUCAGCCAGCUCCCUGCUCAAUCUGGUUUUCAUUCCCAGAUCUCACAAAUAUGGGAUUGUGUAUGGCUGACUAACGACGGCUUAUAGGCCAGGCGAUUUCAGUUAUGGGUGGGACAUGGAAAUUGUUACCCCUGUAAAUGACUUCAAGGUCACCAGCACUACGGGGGAUUCCUUAUUCCCAUGGCCAACUGUCACUUGUCUUGAAGAAGAAGAAGAAGAAGAAGAAGAAGAAGAAGAAGAAGACACGAUCGCCGGAACAAGAGCGUUAUUAG